UGAGAGUAUAUCGUCACGUUGGAGAUGUUGGCAUGGUGUGGUCCUUGCAGAGUGUAAAAGACAUUGAAGAUCGAAACUUGAUAGGAGGACAUCUUGCUAUGUUUAAGGGAGAUUUUAAUCUAGCUCAGGACUUGUAUUUACAAUCAACAAAACCUGCAACUGCUCUUGAAAUGAGGCGUGACCUCCUUCACUGGGACCAAGCUUUACACCUUGCUAGGAAGCUAGCACCUGAACAAAUUCCUUUCAUUUCCAGAGAAUAUGCUCAACAGCUAGAGUUCACGUAGGACAGAAAUUUUUCCUUGAAGAUAUUAACUCUAUGUUGAUGUUAAAUCACACAAAGAAACAUAGACAGAAUGGAUUAUGUUGUACCUAAAGGCCAAAAAAAGUAUCUCACAUUUCACAGUUACAUGUUAUAGUUGUAUCUAUAUGAAAGCAUGUAAACAGAAUUGGUUAUUCUUUUUGUAAGAAAACAAUGCAAAUU